GCUUCACAAUGCUGUUGAGCUUCUAAGUGCUUUCUUGUCUUAAUCAAUUUUGUAAUAAAUAAAUUAAUACAUAUAAGUGCAUUUAGUUACUUAAUUUAACUAUUAUAGAAAUACCUUUUUACAUUUAAAUUUUGUUAAAUGUAAUGUGUUGUCUUCUGUUUUAAUGGUUAUAAUUUAAUAUUGAUCAUGGCAGUUUCAAAAUCUACAAAUACUUAUAAUCGCCAAAACUGGGAGGAUUCUGAUUUUCCAAUACUGUGUCAAACAUGCCUUGGUGAUAACCCAUACAUUCGAAUGACCAAAGAAAAAUACGGCAAGGAGUGUAAAAUAUGCGUACGUCCAUUCACCGUAUUCCGUUGGUGUCCUGGUGCCAGAAUGCGUUUCAAAAAAACUGAAAUUUGUCAAACAUGCUCCAAAUUGAAGAAUGUUUGUCAAACAUGUCUGUUAGAUUUGGAAUAUGGGUUACCAAUCCAAGUUAGAGAUGCUGCCCUUAAGAUUCAAGAUGAUCUACCUCGAAAUGAAGUUAACAAGGAGUAUUAUAUACAAAAUUUAGACAAUCAAAUGUCCAAGUAUGAUGCUACACAGCCUAGCAAUUCUGCUUUAAAGUCUAAAGGGGCUUCAGACCUGUUGCUGCGUUUAGCAAGAACUGCGCCUUAUUAUAAGAGAAACAGACCUCAUGUUUGUUCAUUCUGGGUAAAAGGAGAGUGUAGAAGAGGUGAAGAAUGCCCAUAUCGUCAUGAGAAACCAACUGAUCCUGAUGAUCCACUGGCUGAUCAAAAUAUUAAAGACAGGUACUAUGGUGUGAAUGAUCCUGUGGCUGAGAAGCUGAUGCGUCGUGCGGCUGCCAUGCCAGCAUUACCUCCCCCAGAGGACAGAACUGUUACUACGCUAUAUGUUGGGAACCUGCCAGACAAUAUCACUGAAGAUGAACUCAGAGCACAUUUCUAUCAAUAUGGAGAGAUAAGGUCCCUAACAUUGGUGCCGAGGGCACAAUGUGCCUUUGUACAGUACACCACAAGGAGUGCUGCUGAGCAUGCAGCCGAGAAGACAUUCAACCGCUUGGUGAUUGGUGGCAAGAGACUAACUAUCAAAUGGGGAAAAUCUCAAGGACGUCAGGGAAUAAAUGACAAGAACGAGUCUGCACCAGUCUUGGAGCCUGUACCAGGACUGCCUGGUACUUUGCCUCCACCGCCGGCCUUCCUACAUCCAUUCCCACCUCAAAUGCCACCACCACCAAAUCGGCCCAAUGAUUUCUUCAACCUGCACCACUAUGGCCCUGGAGGUUGGGGCGGGUGGGGACCGGGCAUGGCCCCGCCGGUACCUCCGCCACCCGCGCCCGUGGCCCCGGUUACGCCCGUGGGACUUCACUACCCGAGUCAAGACCCUAGUCGUCUAGGCGCCCACGCGCACGCUAAUGCUCCACAGUCAUAGUAUUAAUUUUAGUGUUAGUCUGUUGAAUGUAUUGUGUACUAGAAUAAAGUUGGCUAGAUAUAUGCAUACUGCUGAAUUCUAUUUGAUUUCAAUAGUCUCUAGGUAUUACAUAUAUCUGUAUAAAAUUAUAUAAUACUUAUUAUUUUUCAAUAGACUGCGACCAUUUUUAAUAACAAACUUAUCACCCUGGUUGUGAAAUGAUGCAUAAGGUGUGUUAAUGCGUAAUCAAUAUUGUAUUAUAUGUUAAGAUUAAGAUUGUAUUGUAAAAUACAGCAAUUGUUUUGUAAAUAUCAAAAAUAAAGAAAUUUUCUAAAA